AAAAUAUCAUACCUAUUAAUUGAUUAAGUUUUUUUUCAUUGAAAAAAAUUUUUCUUUGAAAUGGCGGUCCGAGUAAUAACCAAAAUAUUUCAACAAUCUAACUAUUUGGGAUUACACAAAGGUAAUAUUAGAAAGAAAAUUGUUUUUAACAGCAUUUUAUAAAUUGUAUAUAAUACCUAUAUUGUUAUGCCCUUGAUUUACCACCUCUGAAUUUAAUGUAUUCACAAUAUUAUGUUUAAAUACAUUUUUAGGUACAACUCAAACAUUUUGUCUACCCAAUUUCAUUUUAAACAGACCUCGUUUUCAAAGUACUGAAGUUCCCAAGGAAACUAGACGUAAAUAUUUUACUAAAUUUUUUUUUUUUAGUAUUAUAGUUGGUAUAUAUUUUUUUCAGCAACUGUCAGAACAACAAAUGAUUUAGUAAAGAAAAACCUCUCUGAUUUUGGAAGAUAUGUUGCUGAAUGUUUGCCCAAGUAUGUUCAAAAAGUUCAAAUAGCUACUGGAGACGAACUGGAAAUACUCAUUGCACCAGAUGGUGUUUUACCAGUAUUACAAUUCUUAAAAGAUCACCAUAAUUGUCAAUUUUCAAACUUGGCAGAUUUAUGCGCUGUAGAUGUUCCUCAACGUUCAAAUAGAUUUGAGGUAAAGAUUUAAAUAGUUGGUUGGUUAUGAGUUGUGCUUUAGUCAGUAUCUUGCAUUACUAAUUUAUUCUUAAGCUAGUCUACAAUUGUAUAUACUUAAGAUUGACUACCAGUAGCUUAAAUAAGAUUUGUAUUUACAUUAUUUGCAUAUUUUUUUGAAAAUUGGUAAGCUGUAUAAGUUAAUAAAAUAAACAGAUUUUGUGUUGACAUUUUUCUGAAAAAAAUCUUAUUUUUAAUUAUUUAAUUUUGAAAUAACAAAAUGCUAGAGUAAUAUUAUUGUUGCAAUAAAUUAUUUACUAUAUAGUUUGAUUUCCUAUGAAAUAGGUCUAUUAUUUAGUGUCUUUAUUAUUUUAUCAAUUAAUAUAUUGUAUUGAUUAUUAUAUGUAUAUUUUAGAUUGUAUACAAUUUGUUGUCUGUACGUUUUAACUCUCGUAUACGUGUUAAAACUUAUACUGAUGAGCUUACACCAAUUGAUUCAAGCACUUCUAUUUUUGAAGCAGCAAAUUGGUACGAAAGAGAAAUUUGGGACAUGUACGGAGUAUUCUUUAGUAAUCAUCCUGAUUUAAGAAGAAUUCUUACAGAUUAUGGAUUUGAAGGACAUCCGUUCCGUAAAGAUUUUCCGUUGUCUGGCUAUGUUGAGGUAAUUUAUUAUUGUGUACAUAAUUAAUUAUAAUAAAAUUAUAUGAAUAUUUUAUUUUUUAUGUUAGGUGAGGUAUGAUGAUGAUAAAAAGAGAGUUGUUGUAGAGCCUUUAGAAAUGGCACAAGAGUUCAGACGUUUUGAGUUAUCUACUCCAUGGGAACAGUUUCCAAAUUUUAGAAACUCUGCACCUCCCACUGAAGAAAUACCAUUAAAUAAAGAAGAAAAAUAAAUUAUUUCUAAACAUUUAUUAAGGUAGUUAUAAAACAUAUUGGUAGCACAUUAACUGAUUUACAUUUAGGCAUAUUUAAUAAUUAUUAUUUUAGUGUAAUGACUAAUGAAAUAUAAUUUCGUACAGUGUGAAAAUUUUUUCCAAACUUUUGGAUUACAUAAAAUUAUAUUUGCUUUCCUCAACCGCUAAUAUAUCUACAUUUUUUUUAUAACCUAAUUUUUACAUAGCCUUUCUGUAAUUUCUAUACUGUAUAAUUUAUCUUACAGUUAGCAUUCCAAAUUUUAUAUUACAUAAUUUUUCAAUAUUUAUACACAUAUAUUAUGUGUAUCAGAAAAACUGAGUUAUAUUAUUGAAUAAAGCAAGAGUUCUAUAUAUUAUUAUUAUUACUAUAAUAUUAUUGUGUUUGUAAUUUUUCUUUUUUCUUAAAUUAUAUUGUUUUUUUUCACCUUAAGAAAUCUAUAUCAAGAACAUUUUUUUAGCUACAAAGUUUUAUUAUUUAUUCAUCUGUUUCUUUUAAAUUCUUAACAAAGCGAGGAUUGUAUUGGUUUUACAAUGAUGUUAAUUUUUUUUUUAUCUAUGAACAACUUUCCUAUCAAAAAUUUUGCUCUGAUUUUUAUGUGUAGUUCCCGAAAGGAAAUUUUAUUUGGUUAGUGCUUUAGGGAGUGAUUUUCCAAGAUAAGUGAUAAAAUUAAGGAAAUCCUUUUUUCAAAGAAAUAACAUAUCAACAAUAAAAAAUCAUUUUUGAAAGUUAAAUCAAAAUUUCCUUAUUUAUAUAAUCAAAUUGAAUAAAUUUAUCCAAGUAUUAAAUUGUAUAUAAACCAAACUUUUAUCAAGCCUCAUAAUAAUUUUUUUCAUAUUGUUUGUUGCAUUUUCCCGCAUUUAAAAGGUUUUUUCAUUUGAUUGUUGGUAAAACAACAAAAUAAUGAUUUUUUUUUUUACUACAUGUAUUUGUAAUAAGUAUUGUCAUCUAUAUAUUAUUUUCAAUGAUUAAGGUAACAUUAAGUAUCUCACCUAUAGUAACCUUGGAUUUAAAUUCGGUUUUUAAGUUAUGAUAGGGAGAACUUAAAUACAUAUUUUAAGAUAUAUUUAAAAUUUUUAAUUCUUUUGGCGUACACAUACACAAUACAACUUCUUUUUUUAAUCAGUAACACCCAUUUUUAUCAUCAUAUUUGAAUAGUCCUAUUUUUUUCAUGCAACUUUGACUAUUACAAUUUUUUUUUCUAUCUCAAAAAUUGUCUUAAAUACAACUGUUUAAAAUAUGUAAAUCAGAUUUAAAUUAGAGUAAAUUUAGAUAUUUAAAAAAAUAUUAACUGUCUCAUUUAAGAAGUUCAAUAAUAAUCGAUAAGAGUAAUGAUAUUAUUAAGUAAACAUUAUUUAUUAUUAAUAUUAUGUUUUUUAUAUAAAAUAAAUGUAUUAAUCAGUUUUUUGAAAUAAAUAAGACUAUUCGAAUAUGGUGCUAAAAAUAGGUAUUACUAUUUAAAAAAAAGGUAAGAUAUAUUGUGCAUGUGCAUGCAAAAAGUUAAAUAUUAUCCUUAAAUGUGUAACUAUCACUGCUUGAAAACCGAAUUUAAAUUCCGAGAUCAUCAGGUUGAGAUAUUUAGUGUUACCUUUAUCAUUGAACACACUGUAUACUAUAUUAUACAAUACACUUACUUAUAAUGUCUGCAUCUUAAUUGUUUAAUUGGAUCUGUACAAAAAAAUGUGCGUAACAGAGUGCUGUUAUUAGAGUUAAAUUUGUUUCCAUCUAUUCAAUGUCAUAGAAAUAUUCAUUGCAAAACAAUAAUCACCAUAGUAGUAUAAUGCUGUACUAUAUUAUUUCCAAGAAAAAAUUGCAAAAUAUGAUCACAAAAAUGGUAGAUGAGGGGGUUGAAAAUUAUGAGACAAUACAGUGCGAUUAUCGGGGAAAAUUUUACAAAAGAAAUUACAUUCAUAAUUUUUUUAAACAAGUUUGGUUUGCCGGCAAUAUUUCUAAGUUGCUUCUGAAAUAAAUAUUCAGUCUUAUUAUCUGUAGAUACCUACUUCAAAACCGUUACACAACUUAAACCUAUCAUGGAAAUUGGCAAAACUCUGAUAUAAUAGUUUUUGGAUGUAAUUUUGAUGCACCAAUAAUAAUAAUAGUAUAUAAAAUAAUUAAUAUUUCUUCUAAAUAAAUUUGGUUAUUUUAAAACAGACUACUUGUAACAUUUAUAUAAUUUUAUGUUCAAGUUUGAAAAUCUGUAACUUGCUAAUUACUUGUUUUAAAUUGUAAAUACAUAAGUCAUUGCCCGAAAAUAUAGCAGUCAAUCUCAUUACAACAGUUAAUCUAAUUAAUAAAUCAUAAGAUAUUUUUAUAAUUUAUACAUAUAUUGUUGGUUAAUACAUUUGUAGAAUAUACUAUGCUUAAUAUUAUAGUAAUAUAAUCAGAUCCCAUAAUUUUAACAUUUUUGUAAGGAACAAAUUAGAACAUUUAAUAAUUAAAAAAUUAACAAAUUAUAUUAAGAUUCAAAUCUUAAAAUAUUUAAUUAAUUAUACUUAAAUAAAAGUUAUUUAAAUCAUAUAAAACACUAAAUAUCUAAAAAAACAUUGGAAUGUAAUGUGUUAUUGAUAUCUAUAAUAUAAUACUGAGGCAAGAGAAUCGCAUAUCAAUGUUAUUUACAAACUUCUUAUAUGUUUAGUACGUCUAACUAAAAGACAAUACGAAUUCAAAUUAGCUUCUUCACAUUUUAGAAGUUCUGAAAUGUCGACCGAUUGGCGAGCAAAGUCUGUUAUUUUCUCUUUAAGAACCUAGAAUUAUUUUCAUACAUUGUUAAUUAAAAACAUUUAUUAUUAUUAAUUUAGUUAAUAAAUAUAGUUAGCAAAUAUAAAUUACACUGAAUGAUAGGGGUAUUUCUUUGGCUGAUCGAUGCAAUAAUGUACCAUUGAUGUACAUAACAUUAGCUGCUUCAUCUUCUGGCAAUGUAAGAAUUUGAUAGCUGUACGUGGCUUCUCUUUCUAACCUCUGUGAAUAUAAAAUAAAAUAAAUAAAAACAAUUAAGUAUGUAUAUUAGUCGAUCAUUUAAUAUUUAUACCUUAAGAACAUUUUUUGAUGAAUCACUUGAACCAAUGCACAUAAGAUCUGGUCCUGCCAUAGAUACAAUUGUUUUUAGAUGUUUGUUUUCUGUAACCUGUUAGAAUUAUUAGAAACACUUCUUUAUUUAUUUUUUUUUACAAAUAUAUAAUAAUAUUAUUGCUAAAUAAAUUAUUUCUUACCUUAAUAGGUGUACACGGAUAUUCUGGAAAAGCAGAUGCUACUGCACAUGCUCCCAAUUCGUUGGUCCAUUUUGUUAUUCCAAUAAAGAAUUCCUUACCUACAUAAAAACAAUAAUAAUUAUAUUUAUUAAGUAUUUUGACAAUGAAAAAAUUGACAGUUUAAACUGCUCAAAAUGACACCACCACAUUACAGACUAAUAUAAUUUUUAAAUAACAUAACUUAAUAACAUGUUUCAUCAAUACGUUGUAAAUUUAUUAAGUGUAAGCAGUAAAAGUUAUAGUGAUAAAUUAAUAAUUAUGCUAUGAAGGUCAUUUAGAAAUAUGAUGAUUCAUUUUUUGCUAUCUAUCCCAAUAAUUUUAAUUGUUUCAAUAACUGUCAAAUUAUCGUUGGUAUUGUAAUAAUUAUUAUCAUAUGACCUACAAAUACUUUGUGUCUGAAAAAGUAACAUACAUUUAAGGUACCUAAUAUUUUAAAAAUAUUGUUAAAAGUUAAAAUAAUUUGAAUAUUUUAUAAAUGUAAAAUAAGAAUUACUAUUUGUCCUUUAUGGUUUUGCCCAUGUUAGUAUUGAAUGAAAAUUAUUACUUACAUUGAAUAGGAAAUAAAAACAAUUAAAUUAAUGUGUUUGAAAUUUGAACUUGAUCCAAUUAAGUUGGAAUGCAGUGAGUUAUUAUAUUAUAUUAGCAUAUGGCUCCGGCAAAUACAUUCAUAACUAUUGAUAGUAAUGCAAUGAGGUAAUGAAAUUACAGUGUGUUAGUAAUUUUUAACUUAAACAGUAAUACAAUUUGUGUCAUAUGAUUUAUCCAUACUAUAAUUUUCAACACCCCCCACUCUUAGGGGUUGAUUUUUUUUAAGUAGGUACCUAGCUCAUAUGUUAUUUCUAAUCUGGAACUUUGUACUAAGUUUCAGCUCUAAUCCAUUCAGUAGGUUUAAUUUGAAGUUGUAACAUUGUAAGAAACAUUAACAAUAAAUGCAUUUAUAAUAUAAGUAUAGCAUGUGUUUAUUACCUGUAAAUAAUAUAUCGCUUCCAUGUAAUUUUGCAGACUUAUCAGAAACCUCAACAAUAGGCAAUCCAAUUUCUUUCUUCAAUACAGCUCUUAUCGUUUCAACCUGAAGUAUUUCAAACACUUAUUGAUUAAGGACAAUGUUGGAUUUAUUUUAUGUAGAAGAUACUUCAUUCUAGAGUAAUAAAAAAUGAACACUAUGAUCAAUUUAAAUGUUAAUAAAUCUACCUAUUAUUUAUGAUUUAAAACACAGCAAUCGAUUUAAUAGUUAUUUUAGAAGUCAAUGUUAUAUCGAUGUUGUAACAAAAUGGACACCCAGUGAACAAUAUAUUUGAAUACUGGGCGUCCAUAAGUAUAAAUAGUGAAUUAUAGAAAAGUACUAAAAACUUAUUGUUCUUGGGAUUUUUUAAAAAUUACCUGUUCGUUAGAGGAAGUUGGGGGGUAAUAUAACUUGUGUUUCAUAAAAAAUUUUAGUCUUAAUAAUAUUAUUGUCAGGGGACUUACUUCUUUGGCCCUGUCGGGCUCCGCGGGCCUGGUGAUCAUGGCGGUACCAUUGCAUACGAAUGCAGUAUCGUCGACAAAUGAACACCACGGCGUUUGCUCGUCGGCCGGCAUUUCGAUCACGUCUAGGCCGAUGUCUCGAAGAGUCCGCACGUAGUUCUCAUGCUGUCGCCGGGCCCGGUCAUAGUCGAGGGUCGGUUGACGGUCGGUCAAUGAUCGCGGUAAACGGCACACGACCGCGUGCGUGUAACGGGUGGUCGGCAUUUUUCACUCGGAAAUCCGGUUUGAUACCUGCUGCUGUUAUUAAUAUCGACUGACUCUCGUUCUACACUAGAUUACCAGAGUACCAGACUGUUGUGUACGAUAAUCAAAAUACCGAAUUCUAGCGCGACUAGUUACAUUGACAAUAAUUAAUGCCCAAGAGACGUUGCCGCGAGCGCGCAUUAGUAGCUGCUGUUGC